CCGCGAUCUUAGUGUUUGCUUGAAAAUGUUGGCGGUCGCACAGUAGCGGCGGUGUCUCCGGUGGCGUUUUUUUUCUUUUUGCUUCGCGUACUUUUCCCCCUUUAUUUUCCCUCUUUCCGUUGAGUUUUGCCUCCUUCGCGCACACAGUAUUAGUUGCAAACUGCAAUUCAAUCGAAUCUGAAUCCGACUUAAAUUGAUAAAUCAAACGAUAAACCGCGGAUGCUUCGGAAAUAUACGCGCGCGACCGUGAAUUUUCUUUUCGUUUUCGAGUUUUUUUUUCUUUGUUCGUCACUUGAUUUGAUGGUCUUGAACCAUUUUUAAAAUAUUUUUCUACGACGACGACGACACCGACGGUGGAUAUCGACGACAGUUUCGACUGAACAAAAAAAGUAGGCUAUUUCGUCGUUCAAGAAUGACAGGAAAAAAAACUUGUAAUUACCGUGAAACCAGCUACCAGUAGAAGACAUACAUGAAUUUAAAGUGAAUAUAAAUAGACAAUCAUGUCCACCCAAGAUCUACGAGGUCGCAAGUCGACCUUGCUUCAACGCUACCAGCGCAAUGCCGAAUCACAGGACCCGCUAAACCAACCGAUGAGCACCGGACCAAUGUCGAAAUCCACCAGCCAACGAAGUUUGCAAAAUUCUACCCUACUGCAACGACGCUACUCGAAAACGACCUCCCAGGACUUGCCACUCGGUGAACCAACUCCAUCAACAAAUCUCCAGCAGCAGCAGCAACAACCCUCCAAGACCAGCAGUCAGCGCAGUUUGGACCAAUCUAAGCUACUGCAGCGCUAUUACAAGCAAAACUCACAGGACUCACAGGAUGGUUCAAGUCAACCGACGGCGCCGCAGCAACAGCAACAGCAGCAGCAGUACAGCAGCCAGAAGAACUUGGAGAAUUCCAAGCUUUUGCAAAAGUACGGUCCACAGGCGAACCACUCGCAGGAGUUUACCGGUCUGGGGGCCAGGGAGCACUCCCGUUGCGAGGUUCCAACGCAGCGGCAGUCUGGACCAGGAUCGGACGGUUAGGUCGUCGCUGCUGUCAAAGUACACGCCAAGAUUUGGCAAGUCACUCGAUAGGAACAAGCCGCCAGUCGGAGGUGCGGGAAGCUACAGCAACUACAGCAGUCAGCAAAGUCUCGAUCAGAA